AUGGUCGCCACAACAAUAGCAUCUGGGGCGCCCGUCAAUGGCGUCGCGCCCGCAAAGGUCAAUGGCUGCUGCGUUGUCGUGACGGAGUUGAAGCAGCGCUCCGCUCCCAUCAUCGCCGAUCAGAAGACUCUCAAAGCACCCCUCCCGAACCCCUCACUGGUCGUCACAGCAGAUCACCAGCUUAAGGCAGAGGAAGCACCAGUCCUGGCACCUAAGCCGGGAGAAGCUUUGGUUCACGUCAAGGCGACAGGCGUGUGCGGAUCCGACAUCCACUUCUGGAAAACAGGACGCAUUGGAUCUCUUGUUUUCGAAGGCGACUGCAUCAUUGGCCACGAAGCCGCCGGCGUUGUCAUUCGUUGUGGCGAGGGCGUAAAGAACCUCAAACCUGGCGACAGAGUCGCGAUCGAGCCCGGCGUGCCUUGUGGAGAGUGUUUCCUCUGCACUGAGGGCCGCUACAACCUCUGUGAAGAUGUCCAAUUCGCUGGAGUGUAUCCUUACCAUGGCACUAUCCAGCGGUACAAGUGCCAUCCUGCAAAGUGGCUUCACAAGCUUCCUGACAACAUCUCCUACGCCGAAGGCGCCCUCCUCGAGCCUCUCAGCGUAGGCAUGCAUGGCAUCCGCACCGCCGGCCUUUCCCUCGGAGUUGGUGCCGUCGUCUGUGGCGCUGGACCCAUCGGACUCGUCACUCUCGCUGCCGCUCGCGCCUCGGGUGCCCAUCCGCUUGUCAUUACCGACAUUGAGUCCUCACGCCUUGAAUUUGCCAAGAAGCUCGUCCCCAGUGUCAUCACGUACAAGGUAAACCCCGCGCUUGGAAACGAGAGCAACGGCAAAGCAGUUCGCAAGCUAUUCGGCGACGACGAGUACAGUGCCCCGCGGACGGUUCUUGAGUGCACGGGUGUCGAGAGUAGUAUCUGCACGGCCGCGUACACGGUUCGUCGCGGGGGCACGGUCAUGGUAAUUGGCGUUGGGCGGGAGAUAAUGAACAACCUGCCCUUCAUGCACAUCUCUCUUGCCGAGAUCAAGCUAGAAUUUAUCAACAGAUACCGCGACACAUGGCCAGCGGGCAUCGCUUGCCUGAGCAGUGGGAUUCUCGACCUGAAGAGCCUUAUUUCCCACACCUUCCCGCUCGAAAAGGCCAUAGACGCACUUACACUCGUUUCGGAUUACAGGAACGGCAGCAUCAAGGUGCAGAUCGUAGAUGAUACUGACUCCCCUCUUUUUUGA